GAGGCACGAGGAUCCGGUGUUCCAGCCCAGCGGGAAAAUGCGGCCUCUGACUGAAGAGGAGACGCGUGUAAUGUUUGAGAAGAUAGCAAAAUACAUCGGGGAGAAUCUUCAGCUGCUGGUUGACAGGCCCGACGGCACCUACUGUUUCAGGCUGCACAACGACCGGGUUUACUAUGUGAGUGAAAAGAUCUUAAAAUUGGCCGCUAAUAUCUCUGGUGACAAGCUGAUGUCGCUGGGAACGUGCUUUGGAAAAUUCACGAAGACCCACAAGUUUCGGUUGCACAUCACAGCUCUGGAUUACUUAGCACCUUAUGCCAAGUAUAAAGUGUGGAUAAAGCCUGGAGCAGAGCAGUCCUUCCUGUAUGGGAACCAUGUGCUGAAAUCUGGACUUGGUCGAAUCACUGAAAAUACUUCACAGUACCAGGGAGUUGUGGUGUACUCCAUGGCAGACAUCCCUUUGGGUUUUGGGGUGGCAGCAAAGUCUACACAAGACUGCAGGAAAGUAGACCCCAUGGCGAUUGUGGUAUUUCAUCAAGCAGACAUUGGGGAAUAUGUGCGGCAUGAAGAGACAUUGACUUAAAACGAAGUCAUCGAGAGGACUUAAGGCUGUGUGGAAGGGCCUAGCUUUUCCUGUGUCUGUGUAGGCUCCACCGUCAUGGUGAAUUUUGUCAACACUGACCUCUUCAGGGACUUCUUAGUUUAACAUUCUAUCAUGGACAAAUCCAGGCUGGAUUCUUAUUAUGCAGAAGUGGCUCAAAAAUGGAGUUUCGGAUCUUUGUGAUUGUGACUCAAUAGAAAUCUGUGUUUUAUGUUUGAAUCAGAGGGCUUCUUGUUUUGAGUAACAGGUUCUAAAUUGUUGGACCCGAGGACAAGAAUAGCGUACUUUUGUUAUCUAUGAUAACACUGUUAUCCAAACACAAACAUAAUGGAUUUCCUUAAUAAUUUAUUAACACUGUGAAAGAUAGAUAUUGCCAUAUCAGAAUAGUAGACUGUGGGGAUUUUACAAAUGAAAUUUGGAUAAAAUAGUAAGAGCAGUGUAUUCUGUUGCUUUUCUUUAUGGUAGGUGCUGUGUGGUAUGGAAGAAAAACUUGGAUUCAAACACUGCUUCUGACACUUACUAGCUGUAUGGCUUUAGAUGAGUCGUUAAACUUUAAUAAGAUUCAUUUCCUUCUUUUGUUUUAAAAAAACAGAACUGUCUUUCUAAGCAUGGUUUUUAGAAUUAGAAAUCAUGAUUGUAAAGUACCUAGUACAGUGCCUGGCAAAACUGAAUAAAUGGUAAGAAUUAUUUUUAUAAUGCUUAUACUGAAUAUUUCUGUUAUUAAGAGUAGCAUCGUAUGACUAUAAUUUGAUAUGUUAUCCUGGCUUUUACAGGUGGUUUUCUCGAUUUUUCUUUUUCUUGAAUGGUGUGAUUCCAGGCCAAAUGUUACUUUUUAUCACCUUCGUUUCCUAAAACAACUUCUCUUUUAAGUGUUUUGUUUUAAUUGAAAUUUUUUAUUGAAGUGUAGUUGAUUUACAGUAGUUUGUUAGUUUUCAGGUGUACAGCAAAGUGAUUUGGGUAUAUGUAUAUACACACCCAUAUAUAUAUCCUUAUAAAUACUUGACUAGAUAAAAAGCACUAAUCAGAGACCCUGACAUAAUUCAGCUCCUCCAUUCUUCCCCCAUGCCUUCCAAAAUUAAUUUUAGAAUUAUUAAAAUAUUUUUUAAUGAAAAACAUUAAGACAAAAGCUUUUAAACUACCUGUAUUGUAAAUGAAUUUUUAAGUUAACAUAUUGCUUACUUUAAAUUCUAAAGGUGACAUCUCUUAAAAAUAAAGCUUUUUUUUUUUUUUGGAGUUCCCAUUGUGGUGCAGCGGAAGUGAAUCCAACUAGGAACCAUGAGGUUGUGGGUUUGAUCCCUGGCCUUGCGCAGUGAGUUAAGAAUCUAGCGUUGCUGUGAGCUGUGCUGUAGGUUGCAGACGCGGUUUGGAUCUGGCGUGGCUGUGGCUGUGGUGUAGGCCGGCAACUGUAUAACCGAUUCAACCCCUAGUGUGGGAGCUAUGCUGUGGGUGUAGCCCUCAAAAGCAAAAUAAAUAAAUAAAGCAUUUUUCAAUUACAAAA